UAUCUUGUGGCUCCAGAUUUUCACAGCUUAGAGAGAGAGAGGAGAGAAAAGAAGAAAGAAGACACAGAAAUCUAAAAAGGUUGCGUUUUUAAUGGCAACCUUUCUCUCCUCAUCUUCUCUUCCUCUCCCUCUGCUCCUCUCCUCUAAUCACUGUCUCCUUCAAACGCCGCCGUCUCUUUCUCUCUCAUUCCCAUUUUCUUAUCCUCUUCGCGCCACUAUUACCGCAAAUUCUAGACAAAUCAAAACCCUAAUUCUUGCUUCGUCGAAUUCAGAUUCUUCCUUCGACGGAUUCGGUUUUAAUCGAGAGCCUUGUUCUACCGAUAAGAAAUCACUUCUUUCAGAAUUGAUACAAGAGAUAGAGCCAUUAGAUGUGAGCCUUAUCCAAAAAGAUGUUCCACCUGCUACUUUGGAUGCUAUGAAGAGGACCAUCUCGGGCAUGUUGGGCUUACUUCCAUCAGACCGAUUUCAAGUUUUUAUUGAGGCUUGGUGGGAAUCUCUCUCAAAGUUAUUGGUCUCUUCAAUGAUGACAGGGUAUACACUACGAAAUGCUGAGUAUAGGCUUUGCCUUGAAAGAAACCUUGAUAUACACGAAGAAGAUUCUGAAAAGCAAGCGCAGGGAAAUUCAAAAAACAAUCUUCAAGGGUUAGUGCUAGAGAGUGAAGAAACAAAUCAAAGUCUUGGAAAAGAUACUGAAUUUGAAAAAAUUGCAGAAGACCUAUCUGAUGACAUCAAUAUCCAAGGCCUUGGUGAAAUAUCCCUUGAAGCUCAGCAAUAUAUUCUUCAUUUACAAUCUCAUUUAUCUUCUGUGAAAAAGGAACUACAUGAAGUUAGGAUGAAAAGUGCUGCUCUUCAAAUGCAUCAAUUUGUCGGCGAAGAAAAGAAUGAUUUACUGGACUACUUAAGGUCACUACAACCAGAGAAGGUUGCCGAGUUAUCCGAACCAACAUUCCCUGAAUUAAAAGAAACGAUCCAUUCUGUAGUCCACGGUCUCCUUGCAACCCUUUCUCCUAAGAUGCAUUCUAAGACUCCUCCACAAUCAGAGAACACAUCACCUGGAUCGCUAAAUAUUGGAGUUGAUUGUGCUGAACUUGUUGAGAACACUUCACUUCAUUUCCAGCCCCUCAUUUCAUUGACAAGGGACUAUCUGGCACGACUACUUUUCUGGUGUAUGCUUUUGGGGCACUACCUGCGAGGCCUUGAGUACCGAAUGGAGCUGAUGGAACUUCUAUCCUUGACAAGCCAUGAAGAAAAUGAUUCCUGUGAAGACAGGCAAGUUGCUUGAAGGCGUUUCUUUCAGAUGCUUCGGAUUGUAAAUAUUCAAGGUUUGUUUUUCAAGAUUCAAGAUGAAGAGGCUGGAAGUGAGAUAUAAGCAUGGGCCAAUUGAGCUCUUCCGGAUAGAUAGUUUCCUUAGUGUAAUAGAAUUCCUUCAUAUUUUUCACAAGUAUAUUAUCAUCUCUUUCUUUGACCGUUAGAUUAUCACCACACCCACACGCACAUGUACAAAGUAGAGAAACUUCUGCGUUCUUGCUUUCUCUUACGUUUCUAGCAAGUUUUUAGUUUUUUGUUCCAAAUGUUUGUAGCAGGUGGAGAAUAUAUAUCCGUGGAAUGAGCAUAAGUAGAUCAUUUACCAGUAAA